AUGAAAUAUCGAUAUUGUCAGAAAAUGUUGUUUUUGAUUGGUGCUUUAAUGGCAAAUGUCGCCAUUAACAUGACUAGCCAAACGCACGAAUGUCAUCUACACGCAGAUAAUGGAACAAAUGAACAAGAAAGUUUUGUGAACAACAUUUUUAGCCUUUUAAACAAAACAAGAAGUGAAUUAAGACAGCAAAUAUGUUUGAUACAACGUAUAAUUCUUCCAUUAUUUGUUUUUAUUUCUGGUUUAUCUUUUUUUGCAGCGGUCUCAGUUUUACAUAGUAGUAAUAAUUUCUGGUUUGGAUCACUGUUUUUUAUCAUUUUUCUUAUAUUAAUCUUUUAUGAUAUCAAAAUUUUUAUUUUGCUAGUAGAUUUAAAAAAAGGCUUAAAGGAUGAUUAUUAA